AUGACUUCUUCAGUUUUCCCCAACACUGGGUUUGGCCACACUUUGACCGCUAUGCUUCUGUUAACCAGUUUGAGCUGGAGCAGUCCAAUCAAGUCUGCUGAAAGCCACCGCAGGACAUCACUUGAUGUGGAUGUGGGAGAUGAUCCACUCUUCAAUGCACAGGACUUUCUGAGCCACUUUCUAUCCACACUGAACCUCACUAGGCCGAAGUCCCAGACCAGGUCUCUAGCUGCCCAUAAAGAGCCACUGCCUGAGUACAUGCUGGAGCUCUACAACCGAUUUGCAAAUGACCACACUGCUGUGCCGUCUGCCAACAUUGUUCGCAGUUACAAGAAUGAAGAUUCCACCCCAUACAGAAUAAGAUCCAAUGGUGUAAGGAUAUAUCCCCUGCUGUUCAAUAUCUCCAUGCCCCACCAUGAACACAUAACAGUAGCUGAGCUUCGUCUAUUCACUUUGGUACAGAAGGCCCAAAGACCAUAUGCUGGCUCUGACUGCAAGGUGACAAUCUACAAGAUACAUGAGGGUGUUGUUUGGACAAAAGAGGUGGGGAAAGAAGGGAGAGGGAGGGAUAAAGAGGAGGUUGUGGAGAUGAAAGAUUUGGAAGAACUGGUGACAAAGCAUAUCCAUGCCAAAGAUAAUAGCUGGGUGUCAUUUGACCUCACUUAUGUGGUUAAAAUAUGGCGGAAAUCAGGGUGUGCAACUCACAGACUGGAGGUUCAUAUUGCAAAUCUAGGGUCGGAGGACGAUAGGGCCACAAAAGAGGGUGAUAGUUUGGUUGAGAUUGAUAUUGACAGGACCUUGGAGGAGAAACACAAUGCAGUUAUGAUUGUAUUCUCAGAUGAUCAGAGCCAAGCCCACAAACAGGAGAGAGAAGAGCUUGACCACAUGAUUAAACACGAGAACGACCUUCCUGAAGGCAUGGGAAGGAGCCAGCAACCUUCCUGGAAGCAUGUAAAUCCCAAUGAUGGCCGUGCUAACCACGAUGAGCUGGAUGAACAGUCUGUCAUGGAGCUGCAGUCCAACCUUAUCUACGACACACCUCCUCGAAUCCGUCGCAAUGUUAAGAGCGAGUCAUGCAGGAGGACACCACUCUUUGUGGAUUUUAAAGACAUUGGCUGGGACUCGUGGAUCAUCCAGCCUCAAGGCUAUGAAGCAUACAAGUGCAAUGGUGUGUGCAACCCACCCUUGACCUCUGAGGUCUCGCCUACCAAACAUGCCAUAGUGCAGACACGUUUGAGCAUCGCGAGUCCCGAGAAAGCGUCUCGUGCCUGCUGUGUGCCCACAAAAUUGGAGCCAAUCUCACUUCUUUAUCAUGAUAAUGGAGUGGUCACUUUCAACCACAAGUAUGAAGGAAUGGUGGUGGCAGAGUGUGGCUGUAGAUAG